AUGUUAUACUGUAACUGGCAAUCUAAAGCCUCAGGUGUAGGAUUAGAUAUAUUUGGUGCCAAUCCUUCUCAAACCAAUGGCGAAAAGUACCAAUGCUUCAAUUGCCAGAAUUUGUUUCCUUCUGUUCGUUUUGCACCUCAUUUGGAAAAGUGUCUUGGAUUGGGUAGAACAUCAUCCCGUGUAGCUAGUCGCAAAAUUGCUUCCAGUGAACGGUUAUCUUCGCCUACCCCUGGCAUGAACAAUGAUUCAGACACUGACAAGGAAUUUAGUCUUGAAAAGAAAAAGAAACAGCGUAAGCCAUCUCCGAUUCGCAAAAUCACACUCAAAAAAGCCAAAACAGAUGGAUCACCUGGUAGCUCACAGUUUAUAAAGAAGGUGAAACUAUCCAAGCCGUUAGGAACAAGUGGAUAUUUACCAUUUCAAAGCCAUCCAGGAUCUUCACUGACUCAAAUAGUUGCUAAAGGCGGUCGGGCAGACGAUGAUUCGUCAGCAUACGCGCCAUCAGACGGCGCGUAG